AUGGCUUCUUCGCAAUACUACCGUGUCAAGCGUCAUACACAAACCAUCUUCAUUAAUAGCGCCAAUCCCAAGACGGAUACGGUCGCAGCACUCAAGCAGCGCAUUGUUAAAGCAUUAAUCACAACUCUGAAGAACAAGAACGACGCAGAUUCUGGAGGUCAUAUCACCUCAUCGACGCAGAUCCAGCUUUAUAUUCCAAGCAAAAAGGAUCCUAACCAGUACCAGCAGCUAACCGACUCGAAAUCCUUAGCAGACUCUGGUCUUGUGGACCAGCAAGUCAUCGCUAUGACCUUUAAGACCCCUGAAGGAGUAUGGGAGAAUGUAUAUAUUGCGCAACCAGAGGCCGUGGCGGAUUUAGAUGAUUUGGAAGAUGAGGCUGAGGAAGUAGAAAUCACAAGAUCCUCCAAAGGCAAGGAGCGCGCAUGA